UUCUCUUUUGCGUCACUUCCGCCUCGCCCUAUUCCAGGGUUUCUUGUAGCCGCUUCCUCUUCUCAGUCCUUAACCAACUUGUGACGGGAUGAGCCGGAGCUGAAAGCGGGGCCAAACCUAUCUGAAGGCCGGUUUUUCGGCUCUACCUUCGGUGGCCUCUUUUUCUUCCCCAGUAAGUGGGAGCGCUGAGGAAGACAAAUGGCUCCUGUACUCCUCACAGCCAGGGCCUGCAAGGAAUUGGUGACAUUCAAGGAUGUGGCUGUGGAAUUCACUUGGGAGGAGUGGGUGCAUUUGAACCCAUCUCAGAAAACACUGUACAAGGAUGUGAUGCUGGAGAACUAUAGGAACUUGGUCUCUUUGGGAUUUGCAGUUUCUAAACCAGAUGUGAUCUACCAAUUGGAAAGAAAGGAAGCAUCUUGGAUACCAGGGGCAGAUAUCCCAAGAAGCAGCUAUCCAGAGAGCAAAGAAUUUAAUGGAAAGAAACCUUAUGUAUGUAGUGAAUGUGGAAAAGCCUUCAGAAGGAGGGCACAUCUUACCGUGCAUCAGAGAAUUCAUACUGGAGACAUUCUUUAUGAAUGUAAGGAGUGUGGUAAGGCUUUUCACUACAAUUCAGCACUUAUUCUACAUCAAAGAAUUCAUACUGGAGAGAAACCUUAUGAAUGUACUGAAUGUGAGAAGGCUUUCAGGAGUAAGACACAACUUACUGUGCAUCAGAGAAUUCAUACUGGAGAGAUUCUUUAUGAAUGUAAGGAGUGUGGGAAAGCUUUUCACUAUAACUCGGAACUUAUUCGCCAUCAAAGAAUUCAUACUGGAGAGAAACCUUAUGAAUGUACUGUAUGUGGGAAGGCCUUUAGGAGGAAGCCACAUCUUACUGUGCAUCAGAGAAUUCAUACUGGGGAGAAGCCUUAUGCAUGUAGUGAAUGUGGCAAGGCCUUCAAAAGGAAAGCACAACUUACUGUGCAUCAGAAAAUUCAUACUGGAGAGAUGCUUUAUGAAUGUAAGGAGUGUGGGAAGGCUUUUCACUACAACUCAGCACUUAUUCUACAUCAAAGAAUUCAUACUGGGGAGAAACCUUAUGAAUGUAGUGAAUGUGGGAAGGCAUUUAGGAUGAAGGCACGUCUUACUGUGCAUCAGAGAAUUCAUACCGGAGAGAUUCUUUAUGAAUGUAAGGAGUGUGGGAAGGCUUUCCACUACAACUCAGAACUUAUUCCACAUCAAAGAAUUCAUACAGGAGAGAAACCUUACGAAUGUAUUGUGUGUGGGAAGGCCUUCCGCCGGACUGUAGAUCUUACUCAACAUCAGAGCAUUCAUACUGGAGAGAGACCUUAUGAAUGCAAUCAGUGUGGGAAAACUUUCACACUGAAGAAAUAUCUUGUUCAGCAUCAACGAAUUCAUUCUGGAUAGCAACCCUGUGAAGGU